AUGCGCCGGCGGAAACCACGCGGGCCCCGGGGCUCCCCGGCUGCGGGCACACCUGGACGCCACGGCCGUCGCGGCCCCUCCUCGCCCGGCCCGGGUCGUCCUCGGGCUCCCCGCGGGCCGGGCGCGGAGCCGGGCGCGCAUGCAGCCUCGGCCGAGGCAGCCCGAGGCGGGCUGAGAAAGUUCCUCCGCCUCGACGUCGCCGCCCCGGGGCCCCGCUCGCCCCGCUCGCCCCGCACGCCCCCCGGGCCGGGCGCAAGGUCGCGGAGCGGGGCGGCGCGCGGAGCUCCGGCACCGUGGCCGGCGCAGGGGGGUGGCGGCGGCGGCCGAGGGCGGCGCGGCCCGAGCCGGAGCCGGAGCCGGAGCCGGAGCCGGGUGGCGGCGGGGCGGAGAGUCGGAGGACGGAGAGCCGCGGCGGCGGCGGCAGCGAGGCAGGUCCGGGAAGCGGAGAGGCGGCGGCGCCUCCUGCCCUCGCAGCGCAGCCCGGCCGGCCCGGCAGCCCCACAGCGCGAGCUGGGCGGUCGCGGCGGCGGGGGCUUUAUCGCCGCCCGCCCCGCACCCGCCCCUUCCUGCCGCCCCCGCCCCCGGCCCGCCCCGCCCCGCCUUCCCGCCGCCUCCUUUGUGUGCCAGCGGGCCGCAGCGUCCCCGCGCCCGCACGCUGGGACGCCCCCACUCCGGCCGCGGCCGCGCGGAGGCCGCCCCCCAGGGCUCCACGUCGCGGGGCUGCGCCCGGAACGCGCCGGAGGCCGCGCCGAGCUCGAGGUGCGGCGCCAGCCCCGGGCCGAGCUGCACGGUGCCCCACAGCCGACUUCUCCUAGGUGGGCCGGUCGCCGGAGGCAGAUGGCAGACAAGGGAAUCCGGAAAUCUGGAGUCGUGGCUGCGGUGACAGCGCGAGUGCAGAACCCGUGCCAGCAGGCCCACGGCUCCAACUGUGAGAAGGAAAUGUGGCGAAUCUAAGACACGGCCGUGAAAUGAGGUUGCGUCUACUGAUGAGAGCAACUUGGAUGAUCUACACUUGGUGUGUGGGCGGCCAUGCUAGACGGUGUGUGCCUGUCGGGGUGAAGGAGUCACUUUCAAAAGUGUGAAAUCUGGGCCAGCCUAAGGGUAUUCACAGCCUCUCUUAUAGAGAAAUAUGCUAGGGAAGGUUUGGCUCUUAAAA